GCCGCGUUCAGGAAGUCCCGCCCUCGAAGGCGGACGCGACGCCUGCGCCGUCGGGGUCUCUGCUGGUUGGGGGCCCUCCCGUCCCUUUCCCCCUGCCCCACCCCCGCCGAUGGGCCGGCCCGGCUCUCCCUGCCGAGGAAUGGGCCGGCCCGGCGGCGCGCGGGCAGCAGCGGCCCAAGAUGGCGGAGCUGCAGCUGGACCCGGCGGUUGCGGGGCUGGGAGGGGGUGGCGGGAGUGCGGUGGGCGACGGAGGAGGCUCGGGCCGCGGACCCCCCAGCCCUCGUCCAGCCGGCCCCACGCCCCGCGGACACGGCCGCCAGCCCGCCGCCGGCGCGCAGCCGCUGGAGCCGGGGCCCGGACCUCCGGAGCGGGCGGGGGGCGGCGGGGCGGCCCGCUGGGUCCGGCUGAACGUGGGCGGCACCUACUUCGUGACCACCAGACAGACCCUAGGCCGGGAGCCCAAGUCCUUCCUCUGCCGCCUGUGCUGCCAGGAGGACCCGGAGCUGGACUCGGACAAGGACGAGACCGGAGCAUAUUUGAUCGACAGAGAUCCCACCUACUUUGGUCCUAUCCUAAACUACCUCCGACAUGGAAAACUCAUCAUUACCAAGGAGUUGGCAGAAGAAGGUGUGCUGGAAGAAGCAGAGUUUUACAAUAUCGCAUCUCUCGUACGGCUGGUUAAGGAAAGGAUACGUGACAAUGAGAACAGAACUUCACAAGGCCCCGUGAAGCACGUGUACAGGGUGCUGCAGUGUCAAGAGGAGGAGCUCACUCAGAUGGUCUCCACCAUGUCGGACGGCUGGAAAUUCGAACAGCUAAUCAGCAUUGGCUCCUCCUAUAACUAUGGGAAUGAAGACCAGGCAGAAUUCCUCUGUGUUGUCUCCAGAGAACUAAAUAAUUCUACCAACGGCAUCGUCAUAGAGCCGAGCGAAAAGGCCAAGAUUCUUCAGGAGAGAGGCUCUCGGAUGUAGGCAGAAUCUGAAGUUCAGAAACCCUGAAGGCAAGAGAGCGCUGGGCCAAGCAGCUGCGAGGAGACCCUGCACUGUACAGUAACUGAGCUACUGAGAAGCAGAGCUGCGUCUGGUCCCGGAGAAGUGUCGCCAAAACCAGAGGAGCCCCGCCCGCCUGGGAAGACAGUGCGCCUCUUGACACUCGGCCCCUUUUCAGAAACCUGCUUUUGUUUUCUAGCCAGUGUUAUGGCAGACCUU